AUGCUAUCUGUAAACAGAAACCGUGAAAUAAUUAAAAAACUUAAAAUAGACAAACGUCUCCUGGAGGAGAUAAACGAAAGGCGAGAAUCCAACUGCCUGGUGGAAAGAAGCAAUCAAGUCAGCUUAUUGAGAGCUCAAAAGAGGCAUUUCCAUGGUGCCUACAAGUCCCUUACUCACGACCAGGUCAAAAAACCUGUUCCCGACAGUGACAGGAGCUCCUGGGUCAAACUGAGCCUCUUCGUUCACAAGGAGAAAAGGCACUUUCCACCAAAAAAUAAUGCCAUAUUUGGAUAG